UCUUACAUUGUGGAUGCCUUAAGGGGAUUAGCAGUGCGCCACCUAUUUUUCUCAGCCUGGGGCUGUCACAUAGGACGAAGACACAAGAAGAAUAAUACUUGCCACAAGUCUCACAGUGCUACAUAGCCUCAAAGAGUAGCCACACAAAUAAAAAAAAUCAUUUCUUUCUCCCUUAUCCUCAGUCCGCUCCCCACCUACGCGCGCUUCUCCAUCUCCGCCCACGCGCCUCGCCCCUUCUCCUCUCGCCGCACUUCCCCUUCCUCCUCCGGCGCGGCGGCGGCGCCGAACCACCCAGUUGCGGCGUCGAGCGGCGCGGCGGACGGGCGGCAGCGUGGAGCAGCGCAGUGGAAGGGUGGCGGCACGAACGGCCCGAGCGGCAACGCCAGAACUGGUCAACGGGGUGGCUCAAGCGCCUCCCCUCCUCCUCCUCUUCUGGCGCCGCGGAUCGAGGGGCAGCGGCGGCGGCCGGCGGGACGGCCCGAGCGGCGGCGGGGUGGUCGAGCGGCGGCUCACAUGAUCAAUACUCCCUCCGGCCACCUCCCUCGGCUCCCUCCCCUCCCCGUCCCCUCCGGCGGCGCUGGGCACAGGCCUCACCCUCUCCUCUUCCCGGCGGACGACGGUGGCGGCGCCGCCGAGCUCGCCAGAUCCGUCCUCGGAUGGCGGCGGCGCCGAGCUCGCUAGAUCUGCCUUCGGUCGGCAGCAAUGACGACGAUGGUAGUGGUCCAUCUUUCCUUCCUCCCUUCUCUCCGGCGAGCUCGGGUGGUGGCCUCGCCGGCGACGCCCGUCGCCCCCUUGCAUGGGGCCAUGCCCUCUUCGGCGAUGCUCUCCUCUCCCCGGCAGCGUCGGGCGGUGGAAGCGAGCGGGGUUUGGGGCGGUAGGACGACACGGCCCACGAGUGUGGGCCCCACCUGUGAAACAAAGGAGGAACGGGGAGCCAAAGUUGGCUCCACGGUCUUGGGCAAGCCGCGUGGAUUGCCGACGUGGGGACGAAUAUUCCGUUUCUAGGGGUGAGGCUGAAUGCCACAUGGGAGCAUUGUGAAUGGCCUAAGAGCAAGUUUAAUAGUAUAAUCAACUACUAACUCCAAAUCAUCUAUAUCCAAUGUAAUAGCCAAUUUAUACAAUAGUUGCUUGCUACACUAUUAAUAUCUGGUCCCACCUAUCAUACACAUAUUACGUCUUGGAGUCCGUGCUGCAGCUGGCUACAGAUAUGUAGCCCGCUUCUCUUCUCUCUCUUUUUUUAUCUCUUUAAAAUAUGUUUAUAGCUGGCUUAUAGUCUGCUAUUGUACCUGGCUUAUAACUACUGGCGAUCAAACACUAAAGCAAUCACUAUAAACAAAUAGACUAUAGUGAAUAAUGAUCAUGUAUGCUAAUUAGAAACUAACCAAGAAGUAAUUCUCACUAAGCAAAUCUUAAUUACUCAUAAUGAUAUUUCUAUUAAAGCAGAGUAAUUAACAAGAUACAAAAGUAGGAGGAGAUUACCGACAACUCCGGGAUUUCUCCGAUUUCUUCUACCUUACUCUCUCCCUAUUCUAAUAUACAAUAAAGUACACUAGAGCCUCUUGUAAUUCAGCUCAUGCUUUGGUGGUUCGUCACCCGCAUCCAAAUAUACACCAACACUUGUGUAAAUGCCGUCAACAACGGGAUCUCUCCUAGAUAUUCGUUCGACAGCAUCUACCUCUCCUACGACGGCGUAAUUUGGCGUAAGACACCGAAAGAUUGUGGCCUUUGUUGUGAGACACCCGAAGAUCGUGUAUUUGCUCGUGGACACUGUAAAAAGUGUGGAGCAGAGGCGCGACGGCGGCCACAGCGGGGCGGCGGCGGCGGCGCAUCGCCGGGGUUCACCGCCGACAGUGACGACGCACGGCGGCAUCCCGGUGCAUGGCUUCCUCUCUCUCUCUCUCUUCUUUUCUUUUCCCCUUCUUCUUCCUCGCAGCGGAGCAGAGGCGCGACGACGGUGGGACGGCGGCGGCGGCGCAUCGCCAGAGCGCGUCGAGUACAGCACCGUCAAGCCCUAGCUCUUCGAGUGGAAGGCCGGCGCCGGUGCCACUGCCGCUGGCCAUGGCGAGUGCGCGCGGGUGGACGGCAAUAUACUGACCUAGAUUGGCAAGGAUCUGGCGCCGCCUGGACCCUUUUGGCCGGCCACGACGCCGCCCGGAGCUCAACCCAGCAUGCUCGCCAUGGCCACUCACCUGCAUGCCGUUGUCCCCUGCAGCCAAACUCCGUGCGGCUGGCGUUGCAGUGGCGGCGAUGGUGGUGGCCUCCUCCGCUCUUCCUCCGCCUCCAUGGACAGCUGCCACCAGUGGAGGUGACAGAGUGGGGGACAUCGAUGACGGCGAGAAGGGAGAAGAUCGGUACCCUUUCGCUGCUGCUGCGACUUCUUGUUGUGCUUCAGCCAUGGAACAAUCUGCUGUUCUGAUGAACAGGCCAUAGCCUGCUGCUGCUAAUGCUGCUUCAUGGCCACGGCGGAGCUCGGCGGCGGUGCAAUGAGAGAGAUGAACAGAGAAAGAGAGGAAGAAGAGAGAGAGAUAUUGACAAGUGGACCUAUGGGCAAACUUGUUUUUAACCAAAGUUUCUCUCCGUUUCCACCAGAAAUAAUAAAAUAAUACGGUCAGUGUCCGCCAACUAA